AUGUCCGCCGAAUUCCGAGUAAGAGAGGAAAUUAUGCAUUCAUUACUCGUAAUAUCAGACGAACUUGGCGAUAUUAGAAAUGCAUUCGAUAAUCAGAACAUAUCAGCUUCUCUACAAAAGAAACUGGAGCAAAAGUUGGAAGGUAUUGGAGCGCAUUUGAAAACACUAGAUGAAGAUAUCACUAAGUACAAUGCUAAUAGAAUCUUUCUGAAUGAAGAAGAGGAUAUUACAACCAAACGUAAUUUCGAACAGUUAGAAGAAAUUGAAGAAAGACUAAAACGACUACAACUUACGGAUACUGAAGAAUAUGAUAUUGAUGCGGCAGCAGAAGUACUGGCAGCAAUAUAUCCUAAUGAUUAUCCACGAGAUGUACUGCGUGAACAGGGCAUUCCAUUUGAUGAUGAUUUAUAUGACCUUAGCCCUAGUUCUGCCACUAGCGACGAUGAUGAUGUGAGCAAAUUUGAAACACCUAAUGAUGAAGUGAUGCUAGAAGAAAGCGAUGUAGAAAAUGCCGUUGAGGUCUCUGCAUCAUCUGAUGUUGUUGCACUUUCACCAAUACCAGAUGAUCCAAGCCCAGGACGUGUACAUUACGUACGACAACGUUCUCGUUGGAGACGUAUACUUCGUACUGCAUUGCCUCUUCAGGCUAUGCUUGUAUUACUUCUUGGUGCAGCAUGUCUUGUACCACACUGUGAUGAUGAAAGUUGUUGCCAGUUGCUCAAUAAUUUCGCACGAAGUUUUGAUCCAUCCUUAGAAUUCGUCAAUGGACCGCCACCUUUUUAA